UCUGAGGCUCAGAGUCCAGCCUGCGGAGGAGCUGGAAAAGUGACCAUGAUCCCCGCGCUGCUGCUGCUGCUGCUCUGGAUCCUAGGCGGAUGGGGCAGGAUGGCUGGUCCCCACCCCAGGCUCAGACUGUCCUUCCAAGAGUUAAAAGCGCGCCAUGGGCUGCGCACCUAUGGGCUGGAGCGCUCCUGCUGCUACGAGGCGCUGCUCCUGGACGAGGAGCGGGGCCGGCUCUUCGUGGGCGGCAAGAACCACCUGGCCUCCCUGAGCCUGGACAACAUCAGCAAGCAGGACAAGAAGAUCUACUGGCCGGCGCCUGUGGAGUGGAGGGAGGAAUGCAACUGGGCCGGCAAAGACAUCAACGCCGAGUGUAUGAACUUCAUCAAGAUCCUGCACCUGUACAACCGCACCCACCUAUACGCCUGUGGCACGGGCGCCUUCCACCCCACCUGCGCCUUCGUGGAGGUCGGCCAGCGCAUGGAGGAGCCCGUCUUUAAGCUGGACCCUGCAGCCAUGGAGGACGGCAAAGGGAAGAGCCCGUACGACCCCCGGCACGUGGCUGCCUCAGUGCUCGUGGGGGAGGAGCUGUAUUCCGGGGUGGCCACCGACCUGAUGGGCCGCGACUUCACCAUCUUCCGCAGCCUGGGGCUGCGCCCGUCCAUCCGUACCGAGCAGCAUGACUCCCGCUGGCUCAACGAGCCCAAGUUCGUGGACGUGUUCUGGAUCCCGGAGAGCGAGAACCCGGACGACGACAAGAUCUACUUCUUCUUCCGCGAGACGGCGGUGGAGGGGCAGCAGGGGCUGGGCAAGGCCAGCUUUGCCCGCAUCGGCCAGAUCUGCAGGAACGACCUGGGUGGGCAGCGGAGCCUGGUGAACAAGUGGACAACGUUCCUGAAGGCCAGGCUAGUGUGUUCGGUGCCAGGCAGCGACGGGGGCGACACCUUCUUCGAUGAGCUCCGUGACGUCUUCCUGCUGAGGACGAGGGACACACGGAACCCCCUGCUCUACGCCGUCUUCUCCACCUCCAGCUCGGUGUUUAGGGGCUCCGCCGUCUGCCUGUACAACAUGCAUGACAUCCGCCGAGCCUUCCUGGGGCCCUUCGCUCACAAGGAGGGGCCCAACUACCAGUGGGUGUCGUACCAGGGCCGUGUGCCCUACCCUCGCCCGGGCAUGUGCCCCAGCAAAACCUUUGGCACCUUCAGCUCCACCAAGGAUUUCCCCGACGACGUGAUCCAGUUCGCCCGCAACCACCCACUCAUGGCCAACCUCGUGUUGCCACACAACCAGCGGCCCGUUUUCCUGAAGACCAGCGGGGACUACACCUUCACCCGCAUCGCCGUGGACCGGGUGACGGCCGCCGACGGGCACUACGACGUCCUCUUCAUUGGCACAGACGUUGGCACGGUGCUGAAGGUGGUCUCGGUGCCCAAGGAGAGCUGGCAGAACAUGGAGGAGCUGCUGCUGGAGGAGCUGCAGGUGUUUAAGGAUUCGUCCCCCAUCACCAGCAUGCAGAUCUCGUCCAAGCGGCAACAACUCUACGUGGGCUCCCCGACGUCCCUCUCCCAGCUGCCCCUGCACCGCUGUGGGAUCUACGGCAAGGGCUGUGCUGAGUGCUGCCUGGCCAGAGACCCCUACUGCGCCUGGAACGGCACCAGCUGCACCCGCUACAUGCCCAACACCAAGAGGCGUUUUCGACGACAGGACGUCCGGAACGGCGACCCCAACACACUGUGCUCUGGAGAUCCCCACCAGAGCAGCGUGCCGGAGAAGAAGCUGUACGGGGUGGAGGGCAGCAGUGCCUUCCUGGAGUGCGUGCCCAAGUCCCUGCAGGCCCGGGUGCUGUGGACCUACCAGAAAGCCAGUGACACCCCGAGGAAGGAGGUACCGGGGCCCCUAUCCCCUGGAGCUGGGCUGCUCGGCCCGACCCACGUGCCACAUUGAUACGGGGGCAUUGGGCUGGCUGUGCCCAGGCUGGUCAGAGCCAAGAGACACAGGCUGGCACCUAUCAUACCCCAGGCUCCUGGAUCCCUGUGCCCUCCCGGCUGGGCUCCAGCGCCCCCCUCCCAUCCUCUGCCCCUUCCCACCCCACUCACUGCUGUGUAUGCAUGACACAUGGCCACCCCCAGCCGGACCCUUCCCAGCUGCAUAGACACUUCGGCCCCACCACCUCACUCUCCCCUCCUGAUCCCUCCCUGGCGCGAGGACACCCAAUCCAGCCCGGCCCUGCCCUGCCCCGCCCCACUCCAGCUGUCCUGGCCCAUCCUUCCCCUGUGCCAGCUCAGUCAGCUCCAGCUCUGAACCGAGCUCUCGGCACCUAUCAGGCAUCUCUUUGCCCUGAUGCUCCUUCGGCCGAUCCCCACCCAGCAGCACUGGCGCAGCCCAUGGCCCCCGAGCUACCCAGCCCCGCCUGGGAGGCCAGGGUGGUGCGCUGAGGCACUGAACUUUGGCCCUGACGCUGGCCCUGCUCCCCCAGCUUCAGCUCUGCCUUGUCUCCCCGGGCCUGCAGGUGCAGCUGGACGAGCGGGUGCUGCUGACGGAGCGGGGCAUCCUCCUCCUCCGUAGCGUGGCGCGCAAGGAUGCCGGGCUUUACCACUGCC